UUUACAAACAAUCCCCAACUGCAAUGGAGAAGCCCGGUCUCCUCCUCCUCAGCAGCAGCAGCCACAGCAGCUUCCACAGCAGCAGCAGCAGCAGUAGUUCCAGCAGCAGCUCCAAUAGCCCCUCCUCCUCCUCCUCCUCCGCCACCACCUCCGUCUCCUCCUCCUCCUCCUCCUCCUCCUCCUCCUCCUCCUGCUCCUGCCCACGGCCCCCGAGCCCCGCUGCCCCCAGGCAGUAGUUAAGUGUGGAGGAUUAGGGGGCGCCCUUCUCCUUGCCCCGUUCACCCCCCUCACACUCCUUUCCAGGCGUUCCCCAUCUCCUCCACCCAACCCAGCCCACCUUCGCCCUCCUCUCGCUUGAGGUAUUAGAAAUUCUUUAUCAACCUUGCUGGGACUAACUUCCUCCUGCUCAACUGGAUCAUUCAAAUUACAUGAAGACAUAAAUAGAACUAAUUUUUAUGCUGAUUUGAUACAAAGCAAGUUUGAAACAGUCUUAAGUAUCUCUAUACAUUGUUUAUGGAGAUAACUUGACUUCACCUACUUCAGUGAUUCCUCUACCUUUUAACAAUAAGCAUAAAGUUGGCUGUGGACAUUUGUAACAUUUGCCAUAAUAUUUGAUACCUAGUUUAGGUUAUACAUCAUAAAAGUGUCCUUAUUACAAACCCAGAAAUUCCCUGAGGGAAUUUUGAUAUUAUUCUUCUUAAAUAUAACUUAAAAGUGGCAGAAACAUGCCAACUCAACCUCUCUUAGCCUAUAUUGAUGGGCCAGAUGUUAUAGCCAGUACAGUUGAUUCCCGUAUGGAAAUUAAUGAUGCAUCAAUAUCAAUCAAAGGGACCAACACAAUUUCUUACAAAAACCUGCAGGAUAAAUUUUUGAUACAAGCAGAAGGAUGUAUGCCUUUGGACUGUAUGUUUUGUGAACAGACUUUUAAACAUCCAGAAGAUCUUAGUAAACAUGUCUUAAUGCAACAUCGACCUACACUUUGUGAACCAGCAGUUCUCCGUGUUGAAGCUGAGUAUCUUAGUCCUCUUGACAAAAGUCAAGUGAGAACAGAGUCUCUGAAGGAUAAUGGUAAAGAAAAUGAAGAGUUCAGCUGUGAAGUCUGUGGGCAAACAUUUGGUGGAGCUUUUGAUGUUGAGACCCACAUGAAAAAACAUAAGGACUCUUUCACUUACUGGUGUAGUGUAUGUGGAAGAAGAUUCAAAGAACCUUGGUUCCUUAAAAAUCACAUGAGAACACACACUGGCAAACCUGGGUCCAGAAACAAACUACAGCAAGGCUUAGAUAGUCCAAUAACAAUAAAUGAAGUUGUACAGGAUCAAGUAGCUGAAAUUGUCACAUCGCCUUACAAAAUCUGCAUGGUUUGUGGCUUCCUAUUUCCAAAUAAAGAAAGCCUAAUUGAGCACAGUAAAGUACACACCAAAGAGUCUGUUUCUACUAGUGAAAUACAAACUAUUGACUCGCGUGAAGGAGGAAUGUCAUCUCAGAGGGAAGAAUUUCUUCAAUUUCUAAAUUUGAGACCAAACCCAAUACCUGAAAAAAUUAAGAAACCUGCAAAAUGGAUUGCUGAGUUAGAUCCAUUUAAUACAUACCAAGCAUGGCAGUUGGCUACCAAAGGCAAAGUUGCUGUUGGCCGUGGAGAAGUGAAAGAACCAGGACAAGAAGGAAGUACAGACAAUGAUGAUUCAUGUUCCGAUAAAGAAGAACUUGGAGAGAUUUGGAAUGCCAAUAAAAGCCAGAAGUCCAAAACAAAUAAAAACAGUUGUGCAGGAAUUGGCCUUUCACAAGACAAAGAAAAGAGUAAACACACUAGUGGUGAAGUGCCUUCAAUGGAUGUGGAUCCCAAAUUAACACAUAAUAAAGAGAAACCAACACAUUGCUCAGAGUGUGGCAAGGUUUUUAGAACAUACCAUCAGCUAGUCCUUCAUUCAAGAGUUCAUAAAAGAGAAAGGAGAACUGAUGCUGAAUCUCCAACUUCUGUUGAGGGAAGACAACACAGAACAUAUUCUCCAGAUUUAGCCACAGCUCUAGAUGAAAAUGGAACAAUGGAUCGAGUGGAAGGUGGUUCUGAAGAUGGAUCAGAAGAUGGACUUUCUGAAGUACUUCAUUUAGAUAAAAAUGAAGACGGCUUGGAAAGAGGAAAAAUUAAACAUCUUGCUUCAUCCAGAGAGUGUAGCUAUUGCGGAAAGUAUUUCCGUUCAAAUUAUUACCUCAAUAUUCAUCUCAGAACUCAUACAGGUGAAAAACCAUACAAAUGUGAAUUUUGUGAAUAUGCUGCAGCUCAGAAAACCUCUCUGAGGUAUCAUCUGGAGAGACAUCACAAGGACAAGCAAAUUGAUAUUACCACUGAAGUGAAGACUGAUGGCAAAAACUCACUACUGAGUCGAGAAACUGAAGAUAUGCUGUUAACAACUGAUGGUGCUCAAACCAAAAAUUUGAAAAGGCUUUUUGAUGGUGCCAAAGAUACUAAAGGCUGUACACCUGCAAAACAAAAUAAAGAAAUGCCUUCUGCCUUUCAAAAUGUUUUGGGAAGUGUACAUUCAACCAUAAACAAGGAUACUCAGGAUUCCAGUAAAAACUCAGUUGAUGACAGUUCUGAUAAAAUGAACAAAAGUGUAGUCACUCCAUACUUGGACAAAUUAAAAAAGAAAUCACUAAUUGAACCUCAGGCAAAUAACCCUGUUUAUAAAACAGAGAAGGACAUUCUUUCUGGCAGAGGAGAUACUAUCCAUGAAAGCGAAGUAAAUAGCACAGGUGAAAUGAAAGAGAGUACUCCUAACUGCAAACAUAAACCAAACAUGGACUUUGAGGAAAAGCCUUUGAAUUUGUCCAUUGGGUCUACCCAAGAAUGUGCCACUGUUUCUGUCAGCAGAGGUUUAUUAGCAACAAGCACCUGUCCAUUUUGUACUUACAGAACAUUUUACCCAGAAGUUCUAGUGAUGCAUCAGAGAUUAAUGCACAAAUACAAUCCUGACGUUCAUAAAAAUGGUAGAAAUAAGUCUUCAGUCAAAAGUAGGCGUACUGGAUGCCCACCAGCUUUACUUGGAAAAGAUGUGCCUCCCUUAUCUACUAAUUCUCAUAAAUCUAAGAUUUCUCUAGUAACUCAGUCAAAGUCACUGCAUCCAGAGAAAGGGAAGCAGUGCCCACCCUUGACAAGCAAAAUUCCACUUUCUUCAGGAAUAGACUCUAGCACUUUAGCCCCUAGUAACCUGAAGUCUCACAGACCACAGCAGAAUAUUGGCGCUCAAGCAGGUGUGAUUAGACAGCAGUCAGAAAUGCUUUCGAAAACCGGUGCUUCUCCAGUCCCUGACAGAAUAAAAAGACCAGAGGCAAAAUUAAAAUCUUUGAGCAUGUCUCCUCAGCCUGGCAUAGUAGGCAGUAAUGUCAAUGGUUCCUUUGACUAUCCUCUUAAAAGUGACUCUCCGUGGUCUAGUAAUCAAGGACGAGAAUAUUUCUGCAAUCGAAAUGUAGGCAAUGUCAAUGUGGAAUUUGGUGAACCAUCUUCAAAAAGAGUGAAAUCUAAUGUCGUUGCUCUUGAACUUGACUCUGCAACAGUAGCCAAUUACAGAAGAGAAUAUGAUAUCAACAGAUACCGUGUUGCAAACAGAAUUGCAAAUCUAUUACCUCAGGAUUGUCCGUGUCCACCUGCAUCAGUGUUGCCAACCAAGCAAGGGCUCCUGAAUUCAAAUGAAGUUGAUUCUCCAAAUGUACUGACUGUCCUAAAAUCCUAUGAGCCAUAUGGUCCUGGACCACUCUAUAGUUCUUGUGGAUCUAGUGGUAGUCAAGCAUCAAGCUCUGCAAUAGAAGGAAAAAGGCCCAUGUCUUAUCAACAGUUAUCCAACAGCAUGCUACAAAAAAGAAACUAUGAGAAUCUUAUUACUAAUACACAUUAUCGACCGAAUGAUAAGAAAACUUGAUUUUUGGGGGGCAGGGAAAGGUUUUAUAAGGACAUAAGUACAUAUUCUCUGUGGAGUUACCUUCAGCUCAUCCUUUGAGAAAAUGAAUGGUGAAAGCUACUGAAAUAAGCUGUGAUUGUACUGUACAUAGAAAGAACACUACAGUUUUAUAAUGUUGGUUCUGUUUAAAAUUUGUACCAAAUAGCAAUAAAAAUUGUAGUUGGAAAAGUUGGGUUGUAAAAAAUGGAGAAUAUAUAUCUCUAUUUUGACCUUGAAUAAUAUUUUUUUUAGAAUUGACCAAAUAUUAAGUAGUUUUUUGAAUAUACUUGAGUGCUGCUGAAAAGUAACUGGGGGAGGGAGGGAGUAUAUAAUGCUUGCACCUCAGGUAAAAUUUUGUAAAUAAUCUGUUGGAAAACCUUGUUUAAAUACUGUGGUCCCCCCCACCCCCCCACCCCUCAGCUCCUUUCAAGGUAGCUCAACAUUUUGAGCAGUUUCUGAUCUUGUGCUUUUUCAGUUAGGAUAGGUUUUAUUUUAAAAACAAAUUCCCAAUGAUCUGUAUGAUAUCAAAUCCUAGCCAAUCUAACAUUGUUGUCUUUAUGCAAAUUGAUGUGAGUAUACCUAACUGAAGUAUUGACCCUCUCCACCAGUUUGUGCUGCAUAUUAUAAGAUGACUUCUGAAUUUUCAGUUCCCUUUUAUUGCAAAUUAUUUCAGCUUGUUAGCUGAGAGAGAUACAUUACGUGUUACUAGCUGUUUCAUGGUUUGUAAAUUAUCCUGGAACCACCAGACUACUUUAUUUGGUGACUUCAGUUUUUUUAAUUGAUGGGGUGUGGUGGUUAUGUGGGAUUUUUAAGUAUGUCUCUACUGAGAACCCUUUGCUCUGAGCAGACAAAUCUUUGUUAAUAGUGAACAAAGUAAUACAUGGAAUUUAUUUAAAUUUGUUUUCUAUCAAACUAAAAUCAUUUUUAAAAAAUUUGACAUGUCAUAUUUACUCAAACUGGUAAAAUUUGAGUGCAAAAUUAUAAAUAUCUUACAAUAUGGGGAAGCAAUUUUAAAAUAAAGACUUUUGGUGUAUCUUAUGUUUGUAGUUAGAGAUCUCUUGGUGUUUCUGGAAUCUUAGUUAACUGAAGACACAUUCAAGUUAAUUGUAGACAUAUUGAUUCUGAAUAAGAAAUUGCCCACUGUGCAGAGGGGGCAGAGAAGGGAUUAUCUAUUGUUUCCCUUCCUCCAUCACAACCCUACCCCCAUCCUUUUUCUUAUUUGUUUGUUUUGAAAUGACAAGGUUUUUUCUAUGCUCAGUCAACUUGAGUUUUAAAAGGAGGGCAGCCACCAGCCAGCAGAACUGAUAUAUUGGAUAUUUUAACUUUUGCUCAUAGUUACCUCUACUUAUAGCCUAUAGCUGAAGACAUUACUUCAGCCAUAUACAUGGCUUUGGCUUCCAUGUUGUAUUUUAGUAAGAAACUGUUUCAAAUUUUUUGCACUGUUAGGUUUUUUUAACCUGCCCUUCUCUUCCACAUAGAAAGUGUAAAUGUCCUAUAGUAGCAAAACCUAGAAAAACUAUUGUUUUCAUUAUGCAACUUAAGACAUCCUUGAUGUAUGUCUUAACUCCUGUGUUAAAGGGGACCUAAUUGAGAUCUGUCAACUGGCAUUUUAAUGAAGUGCUGUGUAUCAGGAAAUUGUACACUAUUUACCUUUUUUCCUGUUCAUAAGCUGAGCCAUAUGUACAUAAUCUAGAUUUUGUUUUCAUAGUUUUGCACUUUUUUUAUAGCCUAUUUUUCAAAAUGAACAUAUUUGGAAGGUGGUUGGCCUAAUAUUUGCCUGAUUUUGCUGAAUCUUACAGAAUCCAUGUCAUAAAGAUAUUCAAAUCUUAAGGGGUUGUGUGACAGAGGGCUGAAAUUUAAACUUGUAAAAAAUGUAAUUACCAAAUCUAUUUGAAAACAAUCAACUCAUGUUAUGCUGCAAUUUUCAGGGUUUUCAGAUUUUUCCUUUUUAACCAUAUUUCUUAAAUGCAUAACAAAUGUCAACAAUUCCACAGCCCUGUACUUCAAAGUACUUUUUUGCCCAUCAGUAUUAACUAUUGGGAUACUACUGGUUUUGUAUUUUUUCCUUUAAGAUAAGUGCAUUUAUAUAGAGGUACAAUUUGUUGGAAUUUUGUUUAUAUUUAUUUCAUUCCAGUUUGAUUUAUUUUAAUUGUUAAAACUCAAGUUUGUCAAGUAGUAGACAUUACUCGUUUAAUUUAUGAUAUAUUUCAGUUUAGUCAAGGUAUGUUAUUAUAUGUGGAUGUAAAUAUAGAUUUGGUGUUUUGCAA